CAAUAACAACAAGAAAAUGUUCAACGCACCGGAUUGCAUUGAGACCAAUGGGGAAGUUUUAGUUGAUGAUGAAACACUAUUGGACAUGGACGUGUGCUUCACGGCGUUUGAUAAAGACGGUGAUGACCUAUUGUCAUUGCCGGAAUUUAUGCUGAUAUGCCGUGCCCUGUUUCGAAACGACAAAGGUCACAUCUAUGUGGUUUCGGACGAAAAGCUGGAACAAAUAUUCGAGGUAUUCGAUAAAAAUGAAGACGGUUACAUCGAUCGCGAUGAAUUUCAUUUUUGCUGGAAUCACUGGAUCAAAACGAUUGUUCGGCCGAUAAGUGCAUUUUUGGUUGUUGACGUCCAAAAUGAUUUCAUCAGUGGUUCGUUGAGCAUUAGUAAUUGUAGUGCACAACACAACGGAAAUGAGAUAAUCGAACCAAUCAACCAGUUGUUGGACAGUAUUGAUUUUGAUAUGGUAUUUUAUUCGUUGGAUUGGCAUCCAAGUGAUCACAUCUCAUUUAUCGAUAACAUAAAAACGCGUCCGUUGCAUGAGAGUAGCCCACUCGAUGCAGAAUCGGCCAAGGUUUUUGACACAGUCAUUUUUGAUGGUACGCCACCGAUUCGGCAACGUCUAUGGCCCAGACACUGUGUGCAGGACUCAUGGGGUGCUGAAUUGCACAAAGAUCUCAAAAUUCUGGACAAUUCGGUGAAAUUGUACAAAGGAACGAACCCAGAAAUUGAUUCAUACUCUCUAUUCCAUGACAAUCAAAAUAUAUCGGAAACAACACUCAACGCACAACUGAGAGCAAAGGGUAUUACGGAUAUCUUUGUAUGUGGACUGGCUUAUGAUAUCUGCGUUGGUGCGACCGUUGUUGAUGCCAUUUCCAGUGGCUAUCGCACAAUUUUACUGGACGAUUGCUGUCGCGGCGUUGACCUCAAAGACAUUGAAAGUGUCAAAGAAACGGUCUUGUCAACGAACGGCGUCAUUAUCAAUGCGAAGCAGGUGAAGGCAAUGGUCGAAGGAAGAGAUCGCCGUCCGGAACUUGGAUACAAACUGGCCAUGGAACUUAAAAACGUAAACUCAGCGCUUUACCAAAGAAUCAAAGGCAGAACCACCAAUUUAUAAUCAAUAUUCAAAUGAAUUUGAUCAGUUUUCAAUUAAAAUGAUUUAUUUCAUAAACAACACUGUAAUUUAUCAUGUCCGCCUUUGUACACAAUUGGCCGACACUAUUUUUUCGAUGAUAUAAAACGAGUAUUUUUCUAAAUGUCUUUAAAAAAAACAGCAUUCCAAAAAGAGCUUCUAGUUUAGAUUUGCUUAUGCUAUCCUUGCGUCCAACAAUGUAUUCAUUUUGUUUUACAGAGCAACAAAUCACGAAACAUGAUCCACGCCUGUAUGAAACAUUUUCCAUGCAAAAAUAAAACCUAAUUUUCCUAUUUUACUAUAAUAAAUAAAGUACUUAUAAGUACAAAGCAUACAAAUGACAUAAUUCCAAAAAAAAAACUUGAACAAAAUGUAGGAAAUCCUCUUGUGAUUCAUUGAACACUGUACUUUAAUAUUGCAAUAAAAAAAAAUUAAUGACAUGUUUGAACAAAGAAUAAAAAAAAGUAAUGAAAUAA